CUGCGUGCGGGUCCCGAGGCAAAGAGCUUCCUUCCUCAACAAGCACAAUAAUAUCGCUCAUGCAGAUCGUCACGUUCUCAUUCGUCAGCGAACAUGGCCCGCGAAGGAGGGAAUCCUGGCUUUUCUCCGUCUCUCUCCCCUAUCAAUACAGAGCAGUGGUGACUGAGUGAGAUUGAUGUUGACUUAGUUGCAGUUGGGGGUAUUAGUCUGGUGUGGUGUUGUUGACUGAGAGGUUGACUUGGCGUGGACGACGACGGAGGAGACGGUCUCUCUUCUCUGCCACUCUCUUUGCUACACUCUCUCACACCGCGGAGACAGACCCUUCAUUCCUUCACUGCUAAGCGAGCUCUUUGAGGGUUGCAAACUUCAAGCUUGGAGUUGAAUGGUCCAUGUGCUUUUCAAAGGCCCUAGGCUGGCGUUCUUCUGUCAUUGCUGGUGAUGUCCUUGAUAUGGUGUAACAGAGUGCUGUAAAGUUUGCAUCAGUCGAAUGGGUAAGACUAUAAACGUACACGGGUUCUCUUCAUUAGUGACUGCAGAUACCGUCAGGGGAUUCCUGGAGCAAAGGACUGGCAGUGGUACUGUUUAUGCCAUCAAAGUUAGACAAGAUAAACGUGGGGUUCGAGCAUAUGCUAUGGUCCAAUUUAUGGAAGCUGAAUAUGCUGAGUUGAUUGUUUUAUUGUCUAAUCGAAAAGAUUUGUGGUAUGGGCGUUCUUGUCUGACUGCUCGCUGGGUUGAGCAUGAUAUUGUACAAAGGCCAAGAACCCUUUUGAAUUCAAUGGAAGGUAUCAUUUUGCAUUUUGGUUGCCAGGUAUCAACUGCAAGGUUCUCUACUCUGUGGAAAGGGAUGAAUGUCUCUGUAAAUUUUGGGAUUGGGCUGAGAAAAUUCUGCUUCCUUCUGUCUUAUUACAAUACGGAGUACAAGCUCGAGUUAUCCUAUGAAAAUGUCUGGCAGAUUGAACUACACCGUACAAGAGGCCAUAAAAGAAUGUAUCUUGUGAUUCAGCUGUAUGGGGCUCCUCGUAUUCGGAAAAAAGUUGUUCAGCAUUCAGAAAAUUUGUUGGACAGUCCUGUCUACAACUUUUUUAGAGAUGGCUCUGAUGACCAGUGGGUGAGAGCGACUGAUUUUACUUCAUCAGCUUGCAUUGGACAGUCUUCUGGUGUAUGUUUAGAGAUUCCUUCUGAAUGCUCGCUUCCAGAUUUUCAUGAGAACUUUGUCAAUUAUAAGGAAACCAAUGACAUUUUUUCUGUGGAAGAUGGUUUUCCUUUCUCCUGCGGCGUGGAUCUAGUUCCGAUCGUAGGCCCUCCCAGAGGAGUUGACUUGCCUUAUGAGAUCCUUUUUAAGAUAAAUUUGUUAGUUCAGAAUGGCUGUCUAGCAGGACCUUGUCUUGAUUUUUCGUUCUAUCGAACAGUUGAUCCACAGAGGAGAGACAUGGACAUAAUCCUAUAUGCCUUAGACAAACUGUUCCAUUGGAAAGAAUGCUGUUAUGAGCCGUCAAAAUGGCUGAUUGAGCAGCACACGAAAUAUCUUGCCUCCCAGCAUUCUAAAAAACUCACCUCCCAGCACUCUACAAAACUAUCUCCAAUCAAGUUAGAUUUAGAUGCUGGCUUGGUUUAUGUACAUAGGGUGCAAAUAACACCAUGCAGGGUGUAUUUUUUCGGUCCAGAAAUGAAUGUCUCAAAUCAUGUAUUGCGGAGUUAUCCUGACUACAUUGACAAUUUUAUCCGCAUUUCUUUUGUGGAUGAGGACUUGGAUAAAAUCCAUUCUACUGAUUUAUCUCCUCGCACUGCUUCGAGACAUGGAAGGACGGAUAUAUAUGAAAGAGUCCUUUCUGUACUCAAGAAUGGCAUAAGCAUAGGUGACAAGAAGUUUGAAUUUCUCGCCUUCUCGUCCAGUCAGUUACGGGAAAAUUCUGCUUGGAUGUUUGCUCCAAUAAAUGGGUGUACUGCUGCAACGAUUAGGGAAGAGAGGGGUGAAUUCCGUCAAAUAAGAAAUGUGGCAAAAUAUGCCUCAAGACUCGGCCAAUCCUUGAGUUCAUCUACUGAAACUCUCAAUGUAGGUAGACAUGAAGUUGAAGUCAUUCCAGAUGUUGAAGUCAAAUCAUAUGUUGAGAAUACACAUUAUGUCUUUUCUGAUGGAAUCGGAAAAAUAUCUGAAGAGUUAGCUCGGAAAGUCGCAAGAAAAUGUGGCUUCAAGAGCUAUACUCCUUCCGCGUUUCAAAUUCGCUAUGGAGGUUAUAAAGGUGUUGUGGCUGUUGAUCCGACAUCGUAUGUUAAACUAUCACUUAGAAAGAGCAUGUCCAAGUACGAAUCAAUUGAGACAAAGCUAAAUGUCUUGGCAUGGAGCAAAUAUCAGCCUUGCUUUCUGAAUCGCCAGUUGAUCACUCUUCUCUCAACACUUGGUGUUCCGGAUCGUGUGUUCAAGAAAAUGCAAAAAAAUGCUGUGGAUCAACUAAAUGCUAUUUUAGUUGAUCCCUUACGAGCACAAGAGGCUCUAGAUUUAAUGUCCCCUGGCGAGAAUGGUAACAUUCUCAAGGAAAUGCUAAUGUGUGGUUAUAAGCCUGAUGCAGAGCCAUUUCUAUCAAUGAUGCUGCGAACAUUCAGAGCAACAAAAUUGUUCGAAUUGCGGACCAAAACAAGGAUAUUUCUUCCCAAAGGAAGAUCAAUGAUGGGAUGCCUUGAUGAAACGCGGACUUUGGAAUAUGGUCAGGUGUUUGUGCAGUAUUCCGGUAGAAAAGGACAGAUGUGGGAUGAGUCAAUCAUGUUCAUCGGUACUGACUCAGAUCAAAGCUUUGUUGUACGGGGAAAGGUAGUUGUUGCCAAGAAUCCUUGCUUACAUCCAGGUGAUGUGCGUGUUCUAACUGCUAUAGACGUUCCAGCUUUACAUCAUAUGGUGGAUUGUGUUGUUUUUCCACAAAAGGGAAAAAGGCCUCAUCCAAAUGAGUGUUCAGGGAGUGAUUUGGAUGGAGAUAUCUACUUUGUCUCCUGGGACUCAGAAUUAGUUCCACAUCGCCAGAUACAACCUAUGGAUUACACACCUGCCCCAACUGAGAGGUUGGAUCAUGAUGUCACUAUUGAGGAAGUGGAGGAGUACUUUGUAAAUUACAUACUUAAUGACAGCCUUGGUAUUAUUGCCAACGCCCACACUGUCUUUGCAGAUAGUAAGCCUGAAAAGGCCAUGAGCUCUGAAUGUAUAGAGCUUGCAAAACUUUUCUCUAUUGCCGUCGACUUCCCAAAAACUGGUGUACCCGCUGUGAUACCACCUAAUUUGUAUGCCAAAGAAUACCCUGACUUUAUGGAGAAGCUUGACAAGCCCAGCUUCCCAUCCAAUAACGUGAUCGGAAAGCUCUUCCGGGAAGUCAAAGAUGAAGCAUACGCAUCAAGCUCUAUUCGGAAGUUCACGCAGGAAAUGGCAAGGCAAUCUUAUGACCCAGAUAUGGAAGUGGACGGGUUUGAGGACUAUGUGGAUGACGCUUUCUAUCACAAAGGCAAUUAUGAUUACAAGUUGGGGAAUCUGAUGGAGUACUAUGGGAUUAAGACGGAGGCUGAAAUCCUUAGUGGCUGCAUAAUGAAAAUGUCCAAGUCAUUCACCAAGAGGAGGGACGCCGAAUCCAUUACUGUGGCUGUAAAAUCCCUGAGAAAGGAAGCUCGGACCUGGUUUAAUGAUAAGGGAAGUGGUUCACAUUCCGAGGCUGCUGACGAAUAUGCAAAAGCAUCUGCUUGGUAUCAUGUAACGUAUCAUCCGAGUUAUUGGGGUUGCUACAACGAGGGUUUGAAUCGAGAUCAUUAUCUUAGCUUUCCCUGGUGUGUACAUGAUAAACUGAUCCAAAUUAAGAAGGAGAGACGAGGUAGGACAACUGCUCGUAAGUCCACUCUUGAAGACUACUUCACCCAUGGAUUGCGUCUGAACUGAGAAAUGGAGCUCGGAUAUUUUCUUAGUUGAAGAAACCGGAUAUUGUAUUUGUGUCUUCUGCAAUGUGUAGGCAACGGUACUCCUAUAGGUCCGGCUGAUGUGUGGCAAAGCUUGAAUAACACUCUGGCUGCUAUUUGUGCGUGGAUUACAUCUUUUUGUACAUAAUGGUAAUGUCCGACGGCUGUUCACUGUUUACAUUCUCUCCGAAUUUCUGUGGGGGACCCGUCAUUCUUCCAUGCCGUAGGUUCCUCCGAUUCUUAAUGCCGGUGGAUUUGAACGUUAUAAUGUUCUGUAAUUUCGGAUAACACCCUAGUCCAGAUGACGCUGCAUCAGAUUCGGUUUGUCGUGGAA